AUGCCUGUGACGAUCGAUGCAAACGUCAAGGAAAAGAUACUUCAUACAAAGCCACUCACUCAAGAUGACUUUGCAAUAUUUGGAACAGUGAUUCAAAACCCCACACCAGCGGUAAUCCCAUCAUCAGCAAUCAAAGACCUUCCAUCAAACGCGGUACAAGCCAACCAAGGUACCGCACUCAAAUAUUUAGAUGUCACGCAUAUGAAGGAUUUCUACGGGAGCGCUCCUAGUCAACGGGUCGCGAAUGCAGUCAUGAAUAUGUUUGUAUGCUCACCUCGCUCGCUUCUCCCGUCUCACGAUAGCAAUAAUAUCGGGGGUUUAUUCCCAGUCACCAUACUGGAAAGACAUCCUUUCACGACUCAAACAUUCAUACCUCUCGGGACAUCACCCUCGGAGCAAGAAGAAGUAUGUUACUUGGUUGUCGUAGCACCGAGUUCAACGCCGUCAUUAAUUGAUGAAACCUUACCCGUCCCCGUUCUCUCCCAUGGUGAUGAAGGAAAACUUCCCGGUCGCGGUUUACCGGACCUGAAUAGACUUCAGGCUUUCUUAGCGAAUGGUUCACAGGCGGUCACUUAUGGAGCUGGGACCUGGCAUGCUCCAAUGGUGGUCGUGGGAAAGAAGCCCAUUGAUUUCGUCGUGGUGCAAUUUGCGAACGGGAUAGAAAUUGAGGAUUGUCAAGAGGCAGAGCUGGAGACGACGGAUAAGGAUAUUUGCGUGGCAGUCCCAAAGUUGUCAAGGAAUGCGACGUGGAAAUUAUAA